GUUGAAACAAAGAAGACAGGCACUGUCUGUCUCUACGGCAACACACAAACAAGUGAGAAACCCUCUCCCGGACUGCAUGAGCUCAGACAGGGAGAAUGUCAAGAGAAGGAUGUCCACAUGAUGUCAACAACGUCAAGAAAAUCAAGGUCCCACAGUGCGCGUCCCGCCAAAGGUCGUGAAAGGCGACGGUCGUCCAAAAAGAGGUCUUCCAGUGCCAAAUCCACCCAGACAGAAGUGGACAUCCUCAGCCCUGCAGCCAUGGAGAACGUUUACUACAUCUCCCACAAUGCAGUCGACUGUCUGGAGUUCCGAGGAUUUAGAUGGCCUGCUUCGGCCAAAAAGAAGAGGGGGAAAAAGGUUAAGAAGAACAAAAAGUGAAACGACAUUGUAUAACGUGCCAAAUCAUUAUAAUCCUGUAUAACUCGCCUUAAUGUGUACCGUAAAUAUGUUAAAUCUCUGGCGCCAUCUAGUGGUUGUUGCGUUCUAGGCCCAAAACUAUUAUGACAAAAUAAAAACCACAAUAAAU